AUGGAGUUCAAUAAAGAAAAUGAGCUUGAAAAGCAACAUGAAUCUCGAGAUGAAGGUGAAGAUGAAAUCAAUUUAGCAACGGAGAAUGGUAAUAAUACGGAUGAAAUGCUUAACUAUUUUCAUUCCUUACACAAUGUGAGAGAAUCCAAUAGCAGGAAUACCACUAGAUGGCAAGGAGAACGAGUUGAUAUCAGAAUUAAAGCAUUGCGAGAACUGAUUCCUGGCUGUGACAAGGUAGACCAAGCGUCCAUACUAGAUGAUGCCAUUAAGUACAUUCAAGCUCUACAACAACUUCAUCAAAUAACAUCAAUGAGGAUGGGCUUAUAUAUGAGUGAAGGUGGGAUGAUGCAAAUGCCUCAAAUGGAGCCAACAAAUGGAAUUAUGGCUAAUCAAACUGUUCCUCCAUUUCCCCCGCCUACCUCUUCAUCAUUAAGUGGACUACAAAUGGUGCCUCAGUUUCAAGGCCCAUUCACUCCUCAAUUUCUGCAAUCAACAGCUUAUACCAUGCCCUUAUCACCUUCAUUUUUUACUCCAUCAUCCCCCGCACCAUGA